AUGUCUGCAUUCUUCAACCUUUUCAAGCGCCGCAAGGUGCCGCUCGCUUGCAUGAUGUCUCUCGAUCAGGGUCACGUCCACACUCAAGCCUGUUUUGUGGAAAUCAUGCCAUUGUCCGUUGUGGAGCUGUUUCAGUCGCAAGGCUGCGUGUCAUGCCCACCGGCGCUUCCCUUGAUCCAUGACGCGACCAACAACCCCAACUUGCUCCUUCUCACCUACGACGUCACUUACUGGAACUCUUCAAGCGGUUGGGAGGAUACAUUCGGCUCAAUCCAUUGGGAUGCUAGACAACGCCAGUAUGUCACAAAAUGGGGUCGCAACGGCCUCUUCACUCCGCAAAUUGUCGUCGACGGGGCUUCAGAUGGCAUUGGCGCGACCAAGGAUGAAGUCAACCAGAUCAUUGUGCAGGCCAUGGAAAAGAGAAAUGGAAUGACGUGGGCAUUGGGGAUCGAUCGCGUCGGGAGUGAGCUCAGGCUGGCGUCCGAACUGUCUGAAGCGGAUAUGGUGUAUGAUGUCCUGCUUGUCACGUAUGAUGCGGCUCUGCAAACAGUCAAAGUUGGGAAAGGACCGAACAAAGGGAAGAAAGUGCCGCAUCGGAAUGUUGUCAAGGAGUUGAUGAAGAUCGGGGAGUGGAAGGGCGGGAUUGAGACACUUCCGCUGCCUACCCCGACGAACUAUGGCUAUGAGAGGGUUGCCCUGGUUCAGGGAGGCAUUGGAGGGCCCAUUGUGGCUGCGUUGAAGUUGAGUCGGCCUGCUCGACGUUUCUUCUGCACGGGCCGAAUAACAGCGAUCUUGCCUGUACCCUUCUCGGAUAAUGCUCCCGGGCUUGGUGCCCUCGUCGCGUGCUUGAAGAUGGACAACGCCUUCCCCGCCAAUUUCGACAUCGCCACAAAGAAGGCAAAGACCGUCGCCGGGUUCAAUGGCGCAUACACAACUGCCGCGCUGUGCAUCUGGACUCAGCCUGGAGCGCCGCUAUAUGGCGUCCAAGAAACAAAUGGUGGGUUGAUCGUCUUUGUAGGGGGUCUGCCUAUCUUCGUGGACGGCUUCUUCGUUGGCGCUGUUGGUGUGAGUCGGGGGCUCGAAUGA